AUGUCGUCUCGGAAACGAAUAGACCCGUACCACGCGGCGUCCCACAAUGAAGACAUGGAAAAGGCCAGCCUGGCCUACUACGCUCCACUUUCGGCGCCUAGACCCAGCCGGAACCAGGCGACGCUGCCACAACAACCACUGCUGUCUCAACGGAUGCUGCUGGGGCUGAUUUUCUCGAUUCGCCGAGGAAAGAACCAUCAGACGGGAGAUACGCACGUGGACGAGCUGGAUAACGCACUGGUGGUUUCUGGAAACAGCCUCGGCUCGUCCUCUGCGUUUUAUCCGUCGAAAAGGCAUAAUCUGAUGGUCAGCGUCGGUCUGGGCGGCUCCGGCAAGUCGUCUUCCAUCGUUCCCGGCCCGCAAGUCACCAGUCUGUCCCAUUCCAGGCUGGGCUCCAUAUACUCAUUUAAUACGUCCUCUAAUCCGUACGAUCACGUCACUGAACGCCUGGCCCGAGGCCAGGACUCGAAACUGCAUCAAAAUCAACAAUCCCAACAACCACAACAAGCAUCAACUCCUCAGCAUCAUCAGCCUCAGCUGCGGGCCCCGUCAUUUGCUCUUUCUAGGAAAGCCACCGGUCUGUCGCUAUUUUCCAGGCCUUCUUUAAGUACCACCACCACCACCGAGGAUGUUCCACAGCCCGAACCGCUUCGAAAGCCCCAGAACCCAAUUGAAAUCGAACGCAUGUUUCGUGAUUUGAUGGAAAAGAGAGACUUCCGUUCGCUCCCGCAGCUGGCCCGCCAGGAGAUGCUUAAUUACUCGGUCGAUAAGAAAUGGAUGCUCGUGCAACAGGAUGCUCUUCACGAACACAGCAAGCAGGCGCUGAAACUGAAGGCGUCGCCGGAAUACUACACGCGGAAACUCAUUGCAAAGACCAUCUCUUCUGACGAAUUGGAGAAUCUCUGGGUCUCUUUACGUACUGAGCCCAUUGACUGGGUCCGUGAGUUUAUCUACGACUUCCAAGGCGACGUGGCGCUUUCCCUGUACCUUAUAAAGGUCCAUGACCAGAUGGGAAGCCAGGACAUUGACGAUAUUCAAGAUGACAUUUUCAACAAGGAGUUUAAUACCCUUAAAUGUCUUAAAUGCAUGAUGAACCAGAAAUUGGGCGCCGAAAGGGCUAAGACGGAUGACCUGCUAUACAUUAAUGCCAUCACUGGCUCUCUCUUGUCUCCGCGUAUAGCCACCAGGCGUAUUGCUGCUGAAUCCUUGACUUUCAUGAUCGUCUACUACUGCCGUGUGGGCGGCGACCAUAACAAAUACCAUAAAGUGCUUCGUUCGCUUGACGGCUUGCAACAGAAGCCGUAUUACGAAUUCGUUCCCGCAUCCAAUGCUUCCAUGAAAAAGACGUUGCAAAGAAAACCUCCUCCAGAAGAAUCCAACCACCGGUUCGAACUUUGGCUUAGACUCGUCGAUAAGACUAUCGAUGGUAGAGGAAAAUAUAAGAACUCUUUGGUGGGCGCUAGUGAAGAGCUCAAGUACCAGUUUGCCGUCAAUGGAUCCAGUGUUGGCGGCCCUUCGCAUGUUGAAAACCAGCUCAUGGAGUACUGCUUGGGCACUAUGCUUCUUGUGAAUACCAUUGUGGAGUACGGUUUAGAUUUCCGUGUUCGUAUCCAUCUUAGAACCCAAUUCACCGCUGCAGGCAUAGAACAGCUUUUGGGUAAGUUCCAGGAUCUUGGGUAUGAUAGUUUGGUUAAGCAGGUGCAAAAGUAUAGAGAAAUGGCUGAAGCUGAUGAAAUGGAGCUCAAAACAAAGCAGCAGAUCGACGAAGACCUCGACUUUAAUAACCCAGUCGAUUUGGUUAGAUCGCUUUGGACUAAUGUUCAAAAUAGUGAAGCUCAGGGCCAUUUCUUAAGUGCCAUGCAACAUAUCUACCUUAAUCAGACGGAAAAAAGGGACGACUCAGAAGAAGUUACCAGAAGCUUGCGUCUUCUUGAUGGGCUUAUCCAGAACGUUACAGGUGCUCAUACUUCGAACGACGAAUCUGCAGUUGGUAUUGCCAUUAACCGUUUGUACGCUGGCUUGAGUACUGAUGACAUGUACCGUAAGGCGAUCAACGAGGUGAAGUUGUAUAAGAAGAUCGCCGAGGAAGCAACUGCCGAAAGAGAUGAGAUUUCCAGGCAGCUUUCUAUUGGCUCUGAAGGAUUGAUCACCAACAUGACUAAUGAAAUCAAGGAGCAAGAGAUUGUGCUUCGCAGAACUCGCCGCAUGAACGAAGAGCUCCAGGAUGAGCUUGAGGACUUGAAACGCAAGCAUUUACGUGAAAAGCAAGAACAAGAGGUGGAGAUGCGUGAACUUCUCAUCAUGCUCAACAGUGCUCAGAUCGAUUCCAAGAAAGAUAAGGGCAAGACGACCGUGCUGGUGCAAACUAGCAACGAGAAGCUUAUCAAGAAGUUACAAAAACAGAUCCACAGAAAGAAGAACGAGUUCAGGCUCGACAAUAAACAGCUUGGGACCCUGGUGGAACCAAGCUCUCGUUUGCGUGCUUUGAGAGACCAAAUGGCGGAUAUUGAGAACCUUGCUAGAGAAUUGGAAAUGACUGACUUUGAGACUUACUCUUUGCCCAAGGAAGAGCCAGAACCUGUGCAAGAGGUGGCUGAACCUGAACCCGAGCCUGAAACUCCUGAACCUGAAGAACUUCCUCCAGUGCCCGAAGGUCCUAAGCGUUCUGUUCGUGAAGACGAUUUGGAGAAGUUGGAGAAGCUCAGAAAGAAGCUUGCGUCUUUGCAGAGCGAGUCUAACGAUAUCAUGAAGUUCAACAACAAGUCGUUGUUCUCGAAACAAAAGUACCUCGCCAUGGAGCGUUUGAGAGAACUUGAGACCAAUUUCAUGGAUUUCAACAUUGAUUUCGACAUUGACGAGAAUGAAGCUGCUCUUUUGGGUAUGAUGGAUGCAAGCGUCAAAUCCAAGAUUCAAGAAGAGCUCGAGCUGGUGAAGAAACUCAACACCGACCUUCGUUCGCAGCUUGCUGCUAUCAAAGACGACAAACUGCCUUCCAAGGGCUCUUCUGCAAGCCCCUCGUCAGAUAUGCUUUCAAAGAUCGAGGCCAAGUACGCCCAAGGCAAGGUUGUGGUUGAUGGUUCCGACAGAGCUGUUAAAGGAUCAAACUCUCCUGCAAAGGAUUACAAGUCUAACAGGAAGUCCACCAUCAACACGCUUGAUCCUAAGUUCUUGAACGAAUUGAGCUCCAAGGUGAAAGAGGCUGAAGCUAUCCCAUCCAAUGCAUCUUCUGACGACGAGAACUUUGAAGAUUCAGUUGAUAAAGUUGAAGAAACUGCCGUUGAACCUCCAAAGCUCACUGGUGCUCCACCUCCACCUCCACCUCCACUUCCACCAGCACUUGGAGGAGCUCCACCACCACCGCCUCCACCUUUGCCUCCAAGCUUAAACGGUGGAGCACCCCCACCGCCUCCUCCACCACCUCCUCCACUUGGUGGUCCAUUUGGAGCAGCUCCAGCUCCACCUCCUCCAGCGCCUCCAUUACCUUCUGGAUCCGCAAGAUCUACUGCAUCGCCUUCGCCGGUUCCACAGACGCCUCAUCCAUUUGAAAUGUACCCUAGACCUAAGAAGAAGUUGAAGCAGUUGCACUGGGAGAAAUUCGAUAAUGGCGAAAACAACAGCAACUCUUUCUGGAACGAGUCGCAGCUGCAGACCAUUGCAACUGAAUUGAUGGAUAAAGGCCAUUUUGCUGCUAAAGAGAUCAAGAAGUUGGCUACCAAGAAGAAGGAAGACGUGGACAAGGUUACGUUCUUGGCUCGUGACGUUGCCCAGCAGUUCGGCAUUAAUUUGCAUUCUUUCAAUAAUUUAUCUGACGAAGAGGUGAUUGACAAGAUCUUGAGAUGUGACAAGGAAGUGUUGACGAACCCAGCCAUUUUGGAGUUCCUUGGUAAGGAAGAGAUCACCGAGGUUUCCAACAGUUUGGCUCGUAAUCUCGAGCCUUACCUGACGGAUUACAAGACUGAAGAGAUCUCCAAACCUGAAAAGGAUCCUAGCGAGUUGCAGAGACCAGACAGAAUUUACCUCGAGUUGAUCUACAACUUGCAGCACUACUGGAAGUCGAGAGUUAGAUCUUUAAAGACUAUUGCCAACUACGAGAAGGAUUACGACGAUUUGGUGACGAAACUUAGAGCUCUUGACGAGGCUGUCGAUAAGAUCAAGCAAUCGAAGGAAUUGAGAAGCGUUUUCGAUAUCAUUUUGGCUGUGGGUAACUACAUGAACGAUACCUCAAAGCAGGCCAAGGGGUUCAAGUUGAGUUCCUUGCAGCGUUUGAGUUUCGUCAAGGACGAAAAGAACAGUAUGUCUUUCUUGCAUUACGUUGAAAAGACAGUGAGAACGCUUUACCCUGAGCUUUUGACGUUCAUGGAAGAUCUUGCGCUUUGUGUUCCCGUUGCCAAGUUCUCCAUUGAAAACAUCUCCAACGACUGUAAAGAGUACGGUCAGGCUAUCAAGAACGUACAGAGUUCCAUUGAUAUUGGUAACUUGAGUGAUAUGUCCAAUUUCCACCCCAAGGACCGUGUUCUCAAGGUUGUGACGCCAACGUUGCCUAGAGCCAAGAAGAAGGCUGAUUUGUUGCAAGACCAAGCCAACUACACGCUCAAGGAGUUUGAAACGUUGAUGAGAUACUUUGGCGAAGAUCCAAACGACAGUUUUGUGAGAAACUCGUUCUUCAGCAAGUUCACCAGUUUCUUAUCUGAAUUCAAGAAGGCCCAGCGUGAGAACUUGAAGCGUGAAGAAGAAUUGAGAGUCUACGAGCAGAGAAAGAAGCUUUUGGAGAACACCACCAAGCAGAACAAGGCCAAGAAGGAAAGUGGAUCGGAAGACGAAGACGAUAAUGUCAUGGACUCGCUUCUUGAGAAGCUCAAGGCCGCUGGUCCUCAACGAGGCGAGCCUUCUUCAGCUCGCAAGCGUGCCCUCAUGAAAAAGCACUUGAUGGAGAAUUUAAAGAAACUGGGCGGUGCUACUGGCGAAGAAGAUUCCAGAGAAAGCUCACCCAGCCGUGCUGGAUCCAGCGUUACCGAUUUAUCCAGUGUUGAAGAAGCUGAAAAUCAACCAGAAGCAGCUGGUGACGCUGACGUUGGAUCUCGUGCCAGAAACUUACUUCAAGAGUUAAGGAAAGCUGAAGGCAGCGAUAAAGUCAGCAGCGCCUCUGCGUUCAGACAACAAAGACAACGUCGUCGGCAGCUUCUGACCGUUGGCGAGGUGGAUGUUCCGGGGGAUUCUCCAAGUCCUGAAGAGAAAGAAGCUGAACCCAAAGAGACAUCUCCCAAAGAGACCCCCAAAGAGUGA